AUGGAGAUUGAACAACAAUUGAAGCAGUUCCAAGUGAACUUUGACGACAAGGCAUCCUUGUACGUUAACGAUCUAGACCUAUUCUACAAUGAUACACUCGAUUGGAUGGAGAAAAGGAAGAUGGACAUUAUGACGAGCAUUGCCAAUCACAAUACCAACUCAUCAUCAUCACCAAUAAUGUUGACCAAGUCAAAGAUGCAACAGAAACAACAACAACAACAAUAUAGUCAACAACAGAGUCAGAGAAUACCUUUGAUGUCAUUGGAUAAGAGUGGCGCUACAAGCCAACAUUAUCGCCCAACAGACUUGUUCACUUCGUCACAGAUCAACUCAGUGAUUAGCCAAUCAAUUACAAACAUGUACAUAAAGCAACAAAGAGUGGCAAUGGAUGAGCACAAGGCAAAGAACAACUCCAACAACAACACCGCCAUCAUAAACAACAACAACAACAAUGUACAUCCGAAUGUUGUCGCCAACUCUGGAAACAUUGUAUCCGCCAAGUCUACAACUGCGGCAGUGCCAGUCAAGAACACAUUGUUAUUGGAGAAGUUCAAGAAGGCUGCAACUGACAACAACACAACAACAUCAAUAACAUCAGCCAACAACCACAAUACAACAUCAGCCAACAACCAAAAUACAGAUGCCAAUGUGUUUGUCGAAAGAGUCUUGGGCAAGAAAGUGAUCGAGGACAAGCCAAGUGCUGUGGUCGCUUCCAAGAAGGUUCCAGCUCCAGCCCCAGCAUCAUCUACAUCAACAGCCACAUCAACAGCUGCAUCAAUCAAUGAGAAGAAGUUUGAAAGACUACGCCAAAAGAUAUUGGAUGACGCCAACACCGCUGCCGCCAACGCGCCAAACCAGAGUGUGAACUUGAGCAAGAUGUUGGACGAAUCAACCAUCAUGGAGACCGCUGCCAACAAUAAUAAUAAUAAGCUGAAGAGGAAGGCUGAGGAGCAGCCGAAGCAGCCACCCGUCAAGAAGUUGAGCAUGGAGAAGGCUGACACUCAGCCCAUCGAACAUGCCCCGAUUGUUGUGAUGAUUGAGGAGAGCGCUCAGUUGCCCGCCCCACCGGUCUCAUUCCAGGCGCCACCACCCGUCGCCAACCUGGCCAAGGAGAUCGCCACAAAGAAGAAGAUCGUGCCAGCCACCACCACUGCCGCCCCCGCCAUCACCUCAGUCGCCAAGGUCAAUGCCGAGCCUGUUGCCGCUGCCGCUGCCGCUGCCUCUGCACCCACAUCAUCGGCACCAAAGAUGACCGCGACCGCGCUGUCAGUGUAUGACAAGGCCAAGAAGGUGAAGGAGGACGACAAGCGUCGCCAGGAGGAGGAAGAGUCGCGCAUGAAGAAGAAGUUUGAGGACAUCAACAAGAAGGAGGCCGAGCGUCAGGCUGCCCGUGAGGCCGAGCGUCUCGAGAGAAAGAAGAAGAAUGAGGAGAGACAGCGCAAGCUGGACGAAAAGACUGCCGCGCUCAAGGAGGAGGAAGAGAGGAAGCGCAAGGAGAUGGAGGAGCGCGAGGCUGCCAAGAAGAAGAAGGAGCUAGAGGAUGAGGCUCGUCGCAAGAUCCUGGAGCUGGCCCAGAAGCAAGAGCGUGCCGAUCGUCAAAAGGAAGAGGCAAGGCGCAGGGCUGAGAUCCAGAAGCAGCAGCAACUGCAACUCCAGCAACAACAGCAGCAACUCCAACAACAGCAGCAACAGCAACUACUCCAGCAACAACAACAGAAGACACCAGUGCAGUUGAAGAAGGCACCUGUUAUUGCUCCACCACCACAGAGUCCAUACAUGUCCACGGGCAUCAUUGGAGACAUAUAUGACAAGCUCAAGACUGCCAUUGGAUACGUGGCUACCACCCCAGCUCAUCAAUUUGAGGAUGAGGAGGACGACGAAGAGGAGGAGGAGGAUGAGGACGAGGAGUAUGAGGAUGAUGGAGAGGAGUACGAGGAAGACGAAGAUGCCGAGGAUGAAGAUGAAGAAGAAGACAUGGAGCUGGACGAAGAAGAGGGCUCAUUCGCCGACACUGACGCAGAGGAGGGAGAGGACGACGAGGAUGCACCAUCAGAGUCACCAAUCAUGCCAACUCUGCCAUCGAGCACGCCCGUGCCACUGCAUAAGGCCCAGUUUGGACAUUGCUCGCCACCAUCGCCAUUGUCCACGGGCUCAGAUCACUCGUCGCCAGAGUUCUCUCUGCGAUCGGGUGGCGAGAACUCCUACGGCGGACUGUCGCCAGAGCUGCUGACGUCGCCACCACCCAUCUCGCGCCACCAAAUCGUCAGUCCACAGGGCUUGACCAACCGCCGAGUGAUCUCGCCGCCCCGCUCAUUCCAGCUGGCCAACCCCGGAUUCUACUCGCCCGUCGACGACGACACGAUGGACGACCGACAAUUCCCAUUGGCCGAUCUCGUCAUGGAGGAUGAGGAGGCGAUGUUCCUCGAAGAUGAGUCCUACGACGAAGAGCUUGUCCCAGCAUGGGCCAAGGAGCCAAACUUUAGUCAGGCACUGAAAGCACAGAACAAGAUGAAUGUCGAUCCAGACACUGUCUUCCCAAGGAUAUCAAGAGUACAACUGAAAGAUAUCUUCUCGGAGAAUGUAUUCCGCUCGCCAAGGAAUCAAGAGGGCAAUGAUUCACAGGAUUGGACCAAGGACAAUGUGACCAAGGAGGAGAACAAUGAGUACAAGAAAUUGAUGGGUUAUGGUCCUGGUCCAAUGAGUGAGUUGGUAACAAGAUUCAUGCAAGCUAAAUAG